AUGCUUUCUCUUCCUCGAUUCACCCGCUCGUUGAUGGACACGCUGGACAACGACGACUUUCUCGUCUACCCACUGGACUACCUGAUGCCCCGUGGCGGAGGAGGAGGUGGAGGACAGCUGUCCACCUUCGGCAACUCCUUCGGCCAUCAGCUGGCAGUGCCCACCAUUAAGGACAACAAGUACCAGGUGUCGCUGGACAUGCGCCACUUCGAUCCGUCGGAGAUCUCGGUGAAGAUGGACAAGGACUCGCUGCAGAUCACCGGCAAGCGCGAGAAGAAAAGCGAUGAUGGCCACUACAUUUACCGCGAGUACGUGCAGCACUUCAGCGUCCCGGAGAACGUCAAGGCGGAGGAGCUGAAGUGUCAGCUGGACAACAAGGGCUACCUGAAGAUGGAGGCCCCGCUGAAGGUGCCCCAGGUGGAGGAGAACAAGGAACGCUCGAUUCCCAUUGAAUUUGUCAAGANCUGGACAUGCGCCACUUCGAUCCGUCGGAGAUCUCGGUGA